GCUCAGACUCAACAGUAACAUAAUGAUGGAAAAUCAGACCAGCACCUAUGAAUUCCUCCUCCUGGCCUUCUCCAGUCACCAAGAACUCCUGUUCCCACUAUUCCUAGCCCUAUACCUGGCAGCUCUCCUAGGAAACCUGCUGAUCCUUGUUGCUGUUGGCUCAGACCCACGCCUCCAUUCACCCAUGUAUGUGUUUCUGGUCAACCUGUCCCUGGCAGAUCUCUGCUUCACCUCUGCUACAAUGCCCAGGCUCCUCUAUGCCCUGCUGACAGGGGACCAGACCAUCACCCAUUCAGCAUGCCUGUCCCAAGUCUUCUUUUUCCUGAUGGCAGGCAAUGUGGACAGCUAUGUGUUAGCUGCCAUGGCAUGGGACCGAUAUGUGGCCAUAUGCAAACCACUGCACUAUGCUACUGUGGUGACCCUGCCACGAUGUGUGGUGCUCCUGGGGGCUGUGUGGGUGGGCACAGCUCUGCAUUCUCUGCUCCACACAGCUCUCCUUGCUCGUCUGACCUUCUGUAACAAUCAUGCUCUCCCAUACUUCUUCUGUGGUCUCCAUCCUUUGUUACAUCUUGCCUGCUCUGACACCUCCCUCAACUACAUGAUGGUUAUAGUUGAGGGUGGCCUUGUAAUCAUUGGGCCUGCUCUUUGCAUUAUGGCCUCUUAUGUCUUCACUGGAACUGCUGUUUGUCAAGUUCGAGCCCCUGGGGGUUUCCGCAAGGCAUUUUCCACUUGUGGAUCCCAUCUAACUGUAGUUAUACUUUUCUAUGGAACUGUG